AGAAAGGAGAAUAAAAGUGCAUCAAGAAAAUGGCUUGUUGCCCAACACUCACAGCCGAAGAUAAACUCGAGCCUUAUCAAUUACGCGCACUUUAUAUAAGACAGAUUUCCAAAUUUGCUCAAACGGGAAUAUUUGGACAAGCUCUGAAUGUGUUUAAAGAGAUCUCAAACAACCUUGGUGUAAAUGCAUCGACGAAGAGGUUGAGUAACCUGGCUGUCUCUGAUCUUCUUGCUGGGGAUGAAUUCCUGGUUGAUCGUGAUGCAUAUCGAUAUUUACAAAGGUAAGCAUACAAAAAGGUUUCUUAUACAGUAACAGUAUGUGUCUGUAUCUUUGCACCUUACAAGAUGUCCGUUGGUGUAGUUAUGAAAAUGCCGCAAGUGUUCAUCACUAACUGUCUUAUUUAUCGCGAAGUAUUUGUACAGUUUCGAAACGAAGGCUUACAAUCGAAUGGUCAGUUACGUUAACCUCUACAAUAUUCGCGGGGAUUUUGACGGUUUUGAAGGCGUCCACUCGAACAGCUUAAACUCAAGUGGUCUGAAAGUGACCUUAUACCCCGGGAAUUACAGUACUACCUAAAAUAUUCAGGUUCAACUUCACACUCUUUUGUUAACAAUUGCCACUAUAAACACCAUCACAACUUCAACAACAACCACAACCAAAAUCAUACGAUCUUUUGAAUCCUUACGAAAUGUUUAAGUAUGAUGUUUUUCCACGAAUCCAAACAAUGAUGAUGACAAUUGUUAAACGUCCAAUCUUCCAAUGAUAUAUGGUGAAAUGCAAAUGUUUAUGAUCAUUCAUAAUUUCCUCAGUCUUUGUUUACUUUGUGGCCUAACCGUGAACCAACGCGUGCUUCCCGCCUGCAGACUACGACUGUUC